AUGCCAGCCACAUCGCCGCGUCGCUUGACGCUUAUCCUGCGGCCGCAAAACAAGCCCACGCCUCACCUGCCGUCGGUAGCAUGCACAGCAUCUGGCAAGCGAAUCAAGUCGUGCAUGAAGAAGAGCAGCUCUGUAUGUGGGCAAUCCGGCAAGGUGCCGCGGUUUGUGCAUUUCGGGGCUACGCUUGAGCACACACGGUGGUUCUACAAGAGCGAAACGCCCAAACAUGCAUCGGCCGACCCCCGCUUCGAAUCACAGGAUCACGAGACGUGCGGGGACGAGCUCCGGCUGGUGCCUUUGCGCAAGCCCUCGCCCUCGUUUUCACCCUUUGAGCCGUCGCCUGUGGUGCUCGAGUCGGUCGAGUAUGCCAGGGGCACGCUGACCGGCACAAUCAAGGUACACAACUUGGCGUUUGAGAAGCAGGUGUCGGUGCGUCUGACCACCGACGAGUGGAAGACGGUCGUGGACGUCACUGCCGAGUUCCUGCGCUCGGUCGCGCCGGUUGACGGCGUGCGUCCAGGCGUCGACCGCUUCCGCUUCAAGCACCCGCUGAAGGCGGAGCCCACGCAGGUUUCCAUCUGCGUGCGCUACGGGGUCAACGACCAGGAGUUCUGGGACAACAACCAGGGCGCCAACUACUGCUUCAAGCUGGCGGCUGCUGCGCCCAAGCGUGCGGUGAGCGAGCCGCUGGUGCGCAAGCCCCAGAACAACUUUGCGUUUGCUGCGCCUGCGCGUCGCUCACCGUCGCCCUCGUAUGGCGUGUCGGCGGCCGAUGCGUCGCGGUACAUGCGCUACUCGGAGGCUGCCUUUAAUGAGCCGCCAGCCCAGCCGGCAGGAUACCCGCUGUUUGCCGCCACGUCCGUGGUCGCCCAAUGUUGCCUAUGCCAUGGGCAGCCAUUAUUGCGGCGAUCUGCGGGCGUCCUCGCCCAGGUCUGUCAGUCCAGUGAUGCGCACCGGCUCGCCCUUGGCUGCUCCCCACGUCUGGUCACCGCAGCCGACCACCUUGCUCCACUGCUGAACACUCUGGCCUAG